UGUUUUGCUACAAGCCUAGAAGAAUGAGUUAGUCUAGUGUGUAAAAUUAUUUGGUUAUAGAAAAUGUAGAGAUUUUAGAAGUCACAUGUAUGUUCGAUUCACAUUAGAAAAGAUCUACUCUCCAAAAGAAAAUUAAAUUACAUGGUUUAUGCCUCAUUCUAGAACUUACGGGUCCAUGGUAUAUAACUUUCUUAAUAUCAAUAUAUAUAUAUAUAUGGACCUAUAUACAUGUAUAAGUUUGCGAUUUUAUUGUGUCAGAUCUAUAUAAAAAGUUAUCUGUCAUUGCUCAAUGUUUCUGACUUUAUGUAGUGUGUGUAUGCAUUAAAAAUUGUUGUACCGUUCUGAGUUUGUAAGGGAGUAUUAUGUCUAGAGGUAAGUUGAGGUAACCAAUAAUAAGUAAAUGAAAUUAAUAUACAAAGGAAGGUAGGAAACAUAAGAAGUAGGGGACUGUGUGUGUGGGUCAAUGAUGCUUUCUAUUUAAAGCUAAGAAGAAUGAUUUCAAUGUAUUAGUUUUUUUUCUCAAUGUAUUAGUUUCUCCCACUUCUUUCAUCUUUUCUUAUCAACCUACCCAAAAAAGUUGCAUAAACCUUAAUCUGAUACUUCUUCAUACACUUAUAGAAAAUUCUCUUUUGCUUUAACCAACACACAACAAGAAAAAAAAAUCAGAGCCUUUUUCCCCAUUCUACAUUCUGUUUGUACUUUUUGUCUCACUUUUAAAAUUAUACACAUUAAUACAAGUUGAGAGAUUUCUGCAGAGAACAACAUGUUGGAAGGUCUUGUCUCUCCAGAAAACUUGUCCUUAAGCUACGCGGACAUGUCUGUACCUGAAAGGCUUAAGUGGCUGCAACAGCAUCAACAACAAGAAGUUUUGUCUCUGAGCAGUAAUGAUUCACCCGACCUUCUUCAGAUACUACAAUUCCAUGGAAGCAACAAUGAUGAGUUGUUGCAGAGUACCUUCAGUCAUUUUCAAAUGGUUGGAUCUGGUUUUGGAACAAACUAUAACAUGGGUUUUGGUCAUUCACAUGAAGCUAUGGAUGGCUGCAUUUCAAGAACAAGUAGUUGCCAGAUACAUCCACCGGAUACAAUGGGGGUUAUGUUGAAGAACAGUGAAGAAAACAGAGCUAUUUCCUUGAAAAACAAGAGAAAAUCAGAGGUCAAGACAAGGGAAGAGGAAAAGACAGAGAAGAAGAUCAAAGUAGAGGCUGAGACAGAGUCAAACAUAAGUAACAAGGAAGCAUCUUCAGACACUUCAAAGGAGACAUCAAAGGGAGCUUCACAGAUCCAGAAAUUGGAUUAUAUCCACGUGAGAGCUCGUCGAGGGGAAGCCACAGACAGACACAGUUUAGCAGAAAGGGCAAGAAGAGAAAAGAUAAGCAAGAAGAUGAAAUAUCUGCAAGAUCUUGUCCCUGGAUGCAACACAGUCACUGGAAAAGCUGGUGUGCUUGAUGAGAUCAUCAAUUAUGUUCAGUCUCUACAGAGACAAGUUGAGUUCUUGUCGAUGAAACUUGCUGUCAUAAACCCAGAACUCGAGCUUGGUGUGGAAGAUUUAUCUGUAAAGCAGUUUCAGGCGGCUUACUUUACAAAUUUUCCAGUGGUAAUUGCUUCAAAACCAUCAGUAAUGGUUGAUGUACCAUUGUUUCUACUAGACCAGCAAGGAUCUCCAAAUCUAUCAGUGUCAAACCCAAACCAAACAUCUAUUGACGCUCCAUCUGAAAGCUGGGAAACUCAGUCACAGAGUCUCUUUGCUUCAGUACUAAGAUAAGAUCUAUUGAAGCAACGAACUUGACAUCACCAAAAUCAGAACAAUAUAUUUCCACUAGGCACUAUAUAUGCUGAUCAAAGUGACAAUUUCGCGAAGAACACAAAUUCAGCUUCUGCAUUGUCCUUUGAUCCCUUUUUCUGUUAUUUAAACCAAAGAAAAUGAGAUAUCAAAUUUAAUGGUCUUGUAACCACUACUCUUUGUAUAAAUUUUGUUUUAAUUUGUAAAAUAAUAUAUAGAGAGAAAGAGAGUAAAUAAAUACUAAGUUUUAAAAGUUUUUA